AUGUGUUGUCAUCUGACAAAAGAAGACGCCCAAUGCACUGCUCUAUACGACGACAGCUUCGCCAGUUGCGAGAGCAUGUUCCGCGACUCAGCUCCACGUAAAAGUAUUUGGGCAAUCGGAAUCCUCUCUUUGCUUGGUGCUGUGUUUGUAAUUGUGUGGCGUCUAAUCUUUAAAGAGAGAAACGUAGUCCAGCUUAUCAUGUUAAUGCACUUAGCGGUUGGGGAUUGCUUGAUGGGCAUUUACUUGGUCACCUUAGGUGCCAAAGACCUGUUAUGGUCGGGAAGUUACUAUCUGCAUGACUUCCAGUGGCGAUCCGGUUUGUCGUGUCAGGUUAUAGGUGCGAUCUCAGUGCUGUCCAGUGAGGUGUCUGUAAUGAUACUGGCGCUAAUUUCCGCUGACAGGCUGAAGAACAUCGUUUUCCCAUACCAUGGCAGAGGGCUGACUCGCAGGAAGGCACACAUUCUGUGCGCGAUUAUUUGGGUCCUUGGUUUUGUCAUCGCAUUCCUUCCCCUCACUGGCAUUGGCUUUUUUUGUGACGCCCUAGAGCGCCCUGCCUACUACGGACGUUCCGUAGUGUGCCUCCCACUGCAACUGUCCAACAGGUUUCCAGCUGGUUGGGAGUUCUCCAUCGCUAUCUUUGUCGGGUUAAACUUCCUCCUCUUCCUGUUCAUGACGGUGGCCUAUGUCGCAAUUUUCCUUAAAAGUUAUCGCUCCAGCCGUCAGCUUGCAAGGGAGGGAACCCGACGAGAGGUGCAGGCAAGAAAGAAGAACGCAAGUUCCAGAAGGGAGAGAGCAUUGGCCAAAAGAGUCUUCUUUAUCAUCCUCACAGAUUGCGCCUGUUGGAUGCCGAUAAUAGUCAUGGGCAUCAGGUCUUUGGUUGAAAAAGAUUACAGUCCCCGAGGAGAUCUUCCUGCCUGGAUCGCCGUGUUUGUGCUGCCAAUUAACUCAGCCUUGAAUCCAAUUAUCUACACGCUAUCAACCCCUCAGGUAUGUCAGGGACGUAAAUUAGUAAAGUGCAAUCGACGUAUUACUCCACCGUGUUUAUGCGUUAAUUACGUAUUCUCGCGGAAUGCUUAAAAGUGGUAAUGAAAGAUAUACUUCGUAGGCUUCCUAGGAAAAAACUUUAUCGUGGAAUUAUCGUCCAGUGGGAGAAUUUGUUCAUAAAAGAAAGAAGUGGGUAGCUUAUCAAAUGUUGCGAUUGCAAAUGACAUUGAAUUUCAAAAUGAUUUUUUUCACACAAAAAUCUCCCGCUCCUUGAAAAAUAUUAUUACAAAUAUCUGCACAUGAAAUUUCUGAAAGCUACUUGAACAAUUUCUCAUAGUUCAUGUUGAAGCAUUUUGAAAAUAUCAGAACUCGAUAAAUGGCCAUGCAACUUAACAGGCUGAUUCUAGCAACCGGCUCUCCUUGUGUUUAAAUUGUAUGAUAAGUUUUAUCACUGUUUAUGAAAGUUACAUUUGUAAACUCUCUAUCAUAUUCUUUCUUAAUUUAUACAGAUUUAAUGAAAUAUUCACAUUUCAUUCCCCUAAUAGGUGCAGGGCAUAUUGCGACCUAAACUGCGAGUUUUGAUGAACCAUGUGCGCAGCUUUUUCUCUUGCUGUAAAAAACAACAAGAUCAUCAA